AUGACCGUCAACACAACCAAAAUCGACGCCCCGUUUCAUGAAGCUGUAGGCGCUUUAAUGCACUUGAUGACCGCGACACUACCGGACAUUGCCUUUGCUGUGAGUUACGUUUCGUGCUUCGUGGAAAACCCCCAAGUCGAGCAUCGGAUGGCGGUCAAGCGCAUUUUGCGAUACUUUCAAGGGACUAAGCCGCACGGCAUCUGUUUCAAGUCUGAUGACAAGAUAGACUUCUGCGGCUACUCGGAUGCAGACUGGGCCGGUGACCAUGCAGACCGCAAGUCGACUUCGGGAUAUGCGUUCAUCCUGAUGGGUGCUCCGGUGAGCUGGGGAAGCAUAAAGCAGUCAAGUGUGUCACUGUCAACAAAUGAAGCUGAGUACAUUGCACUAAGUCUGACGAUUCAAGAAGACAAGUGGGUGCAUCGAUUGCUGUGCGAGAUUCUGGAUGCCGCAGAGGACAAGUGGACCCGAGCUCAAGAUCAUGGAAGAUAA